AUGACACUAUCAGGCCACUCGGGUGAAGCCCAAGACGAGAACCUACUGGCCGCCGCCGUGAUUCUUCGUUUCUACGAAGAAGUGGACAUGCCAUCGGUAGGUGAAGACACAGAGAGCGCCCUGCGGGGAAUUCAAAUAUUUCUUGACGCCCAAGCCCCAUCCGCAGUAUCUGGGUUUGGCCUUCGGCAUGCAGCCUAUUGGAUUGCACUUCGACAGGAAAUUAUCACAGCCUUCAGCAAACAGCGCCCGUUCCGGCUCCCAUUAGGGCCUUGUGAGCCAUAUCGCUCCUUUGAACCAGCGGAUGAUUAUGUCUGGGCCGAUCGCCUUGUUAUUCAUUGUGCUGAUGUAUUACAAUACUGCUUUGGAUCUGAGGAAGAAGGGACCCCUCAAGGCCAACACCAAUCUUCCAGCACCGGGGCCUUGCAUCCCGUACCGGUAACCGACGUGCGCAUAGCACGCUACGACGAACUUGUCCUCUUUGAAACCCUCUGGACGGAGCUUGGCCCGCCGAGUUUUAAACCCAUCUACACGCACGAACCAGAUUGCUCCCGUGGAGAAGUCUUUCCUGAGCUAUGGUAUCUAAAUAAUUGCCACGUCGCAGGGCUCCAAUUCUUCGAGCUGGCGCGUAUUCUCCUCGUCGUUUAUAAUCCCAAAUUACCCCGUCUCGGACCUAGCCAGCGUACUGCGAUGCGAUCGGUAGAUCGAAAAGUGCGGUCAAUGGUAUUGCGACUUUGUGGGAUGGCGCUCUCCAACCAGCAUAGUCCUCCGGGUCUAGUGACUGCCUCGGUCGCAAUUGGAAUGUGUGGUGAUCGGUUCACGGAUCGUCUUGAGCAGGAUGCACUUCUGGGUGUUUUAACGAAGCUUAAGGAUGAACAUGCGUAUCCCACGACCAGUAUGCAGGAAUUGUUGAAAGGAGCGUGGGGGUGGGAUGGGUACGAUGGGUUGGAGUAG